AUGGCUCUCGUUUCUAAAGUCGGUGGCCUGCUGUGCGUGGGAAUUCUCCUGCUAGCUCUCGCCCUCAAUCCUGCCGACGCCGUAUCUGCCAGAUCAGAAGACCUUAACAAAGGCGCCUCGUGCUACCCUGAGUUGAAGAAUUUCGGCGACAAUCCCUAUUUCGACAAGGGCAUGGUUGCUGAGAUUCCCGUGAGCAAGUUCGACGCCGGGAAGGCCUGCGGAACGUGUUACCAGGUUACCUGCAAGAACAGCAAGAGGUGCAACAAGGGAGCUAGCGUGACGGUGCGCGCGAUGAACAACGACGGCGACGGCUUCACGCUCAACAACCCCGCGUGGGACAAAAUCGUCCGCGACCGAUCCGGCAGCGUGGAGGUCGAGUACCGCAGCGUGGACUGCCCGACCAACGGCCGCGGCAUGGCGGUCAUGAUCGAGAGGAGCAGCGGCCCGUACUACUUCGCACUUUACGUUCUGGGCGCGGCGAGGAACGCGGCGGUGGGGAAGGUGGAGCUGUCGACGGACGGCAACAAGUGGACGGGCAUGACGAGGGGCGGGUGGGGCGCGCGGUGGGAGCUGCCCUCCGCCAAGGACGUCGUGGGCGCGGGGCGCAAGCCUGCAUCGCCAGCCCCUCCAUCUCCCCACCGCCCUCUCCCAUUUCUCCUUCACCUGCCAUUUCCACCUCUCCACCCAUCACUCCCUCCUCCUCCUCCUCCUCCUCCUCCUCCUCCUCCUCCUCCUCCUCCUCCUCCUCCUCCUCCUCCUCCUCCUCCUCCUCCUCCUCCUCCUCCUCCUCCUCCACCCACUCGUCCAGAGGACCCCUUGCAUCCACCCCUUCCCAUGCCUCCAUUCCCGCUAUAA